AUGGCGGAAAUCAAUGAUGCUCCGCCGGAAGACCAGAUCAAGGAUUCCGACCGGAAGUCUGAAUCUUCCAAAUUCGAUCCAGAAACCAUGCGAAAAACAAAACCGGGACUGAAACGCCUCGUUCUUACGCUUUCUGUCUUCUUGUCUUUCUUAUUAGGUCUGCCAUUGUUGCUGAAGUCAGUAGAGAUAUACAGAUCACCACUUCCUUUCAAAGACAUCGAUUCCCUUUCAUCCGCAAUCGAGUCCAGUACUAUUUUGUUUCCCUGUCAUUUCCAAGCUUUGUUCGUCAAUAUCCCUGCAACGUUAUCGUCCUCCUCAAAUCAACAAUUAGAGUAUUCAAUUUAUUCUCGCAUGCAAAAGCUCUUCCCAACGACUCCACCUUGCGGCACUUGCAGCAACUUCUCCGUCUCGGUAACCCUAGAACCGCAGCUGCUGAACGGGCUUUCGCGUGAUCGGAAUUCACCAGAUUUUGAUGACUAUUUGGAUGACUACUUGGAUGCCGUGUUGAAUAAGCAAUUUAAUUCCGAGGAGAAGGUUUACAGAGUUGUGGUGGUGAACAGGGAUGAGGUGGAGCAGCUCAGGGCAGUGGUUGGGAAGUACAGGCAUGCUUGGAUUGAAGGGAUGAUUUCGAAUGGGGAUUAUGAGAUGGCGAUGGUUGAGAGGAUAGCGGAGAUUUUCGUCAAAGUGUUUGUAAAUGGGGCAAAAGAGGAAGGCACCAUUCAUGGGGAGUUUAUGCCUGUUGGAGCUGAUGGGAAGCUUGUAUUGUCCUUCAAUUUGUUAAAUGCUGAUCCUCGUGAUUGGGUUUAUGAUUGGGAUUUUCAACAAAUAGAUGACAUCCUAUUGGCUCCAAUUGUUGAAGCUUUGAAGCCUCUUGCAGAUGUUAGUGUGGAAAGUCAGGUUUUAUACCAUACUCCUAAAUCCUCAUUUUCGUAUUGGGAUGAGAAACAGGCCAGCCAUGUCUUCAGUUCCAGAGAUCUACCCUUUUUCGUCAAUUCAAAUGAGUGGCAUUUGGAUACCUCAACUGCAGCUGGCGGGCGGUCCAAAGUUUUGCAGUUUGUGGUAUACAUCCCAUCUUCAGGAGAGUGCCCACUCUCAUUGCAACUUCCAGAUGGACAGUUUUCACUGGCAAAUGGUUUUAUAUCUCCUAUGUGGGGAGGUGUUGUUGUCUGGAAUUCCCCAGCUUGUUUGACUGUUUCAGAAAGUAAUAAACCUCUUAUUCAUAAGAUGUCCUCUGAGGACUUGAAGAACACAUUUGAAGUUUUUACAGGCCAACUGAGGCAGCUAUUUGGUCUGAAGUCGAAUAGCUUCUUUACUGGUGCAUCAGGCACUGUGAUUCUUUUACCCAGUGAAAGAGGCUUCACUCAGUGGGAACUGGACGUGUUAUCAAGGCAGCAUACAUGCUUUAAUCUUCUUCAGUGCGGAACAACCCUCGGAUCACUCUCACGAUUGGUGCAAUCACUUCCGAGGAUGAUCAUAAGAGAUGAAAUUGGGAAACAGGUCAAGUAUUCUCUGGAUGCUGCAAAACUAACUCUAGGGAAUGCUUCCCUUGGAAUUUAUGAUACUGCUUCUGAAUCCUCCAGACUAGCAAGAUCAUUGGCUGAGGAUGCUUUCUAUGACCCAUCUAUGAUGUCUGUCAGCUAUUACUCGUUUGAGCACUGUUUCGCUGUUUAUUCGCCAUUCUUUCUUCCGGUCUCGCUGCAUGUGGUUCUUGCCGUUCUUAGAGAAUGGAAAAGGUACAAGCAAGAGCAGAAAAAAUUUGCGGCCUGGAAAAGUGUUGGGAUCUGA